UGGCGUUUUCGUUCCCCUCCACCACGAAUCUUCCACUUUCUUUCGCUUUUCUCACCGUUUCUCUCUCUAUAUAAAUCGACCCUUUUUCCGUUUCUUGUUCAUCGAUCCAAUUUCAGUUCACAAUAACCUUCAGUUCCUUCAUUUUUUUUCCUUUUGAUUUUCGAAAGAAAAAACGAUCAUGGAGUUUCGGCCUUUAGAAAUCAAUGUUAUCUCUGCCAAAGAUCUCAAAGACGUCAAUCUUUUCACCAAGAUGGAUGUUUACGUCGUCGUUUCGAUCAACGGCGAUUACCGUUCGGCGCAAAGGACUCCGGCCGACAAGGGCAGCGGAUCGAACCCGGAGUGGAGCUGCACCAUGAAAUUCACGGUCGACGAAGCAUCCGUUCGCCGGAACGGGCUCAGCCUCGUGUUUCACCUUCAGUCGGAACGUCAGCUCGGGGAUAGAGAUAUCGGCACGGUUCAGGUUCCGGUUAAGGAGUUGCUUGAUGACGGACACGGGAAGGUUCAACGGUCCGUUAGGUUGCCUAACGGCAAAGCUAAAGGCGUGUUGAAUUUCGGUUACAAGUUCGGGGAGAAGUUCAACGGACAGCUUUCGGGUACGGCGUCCGGCGCCACCAUCGUCGAGAAGCCGGCUAUGGCUUAUCCUCCGCCCGUGACUGGUUAUCCAGGACCGAGCUCGGGAUCAACCGAGAAGCCAGCGAUGGCGUAUCCGCCGCCUGCAACUAGUUACCCUCCACCAUCAGGUGCAUAUCCGCCUCCCCAGACGGCGGGUUACCCUUAUCCUCAACCCGGUGGCGGAUAUCCGCCGUACGGAUACCAUCAGGCGCCGGCUCAGGGGUAUGGAUAUCCGGGUCACGGUGGAUAUUAUGGAUACCUUCCACCGGGGCAGAAACGGCAGAAGCCAAAGAAGAACGGCGGCAUGGGAGCUGGUUUAGGAUUGGGAUUGGCCGGCGGACUGUUGGGUGGAAUGUUGAUCGGCGACAUGGUCGGAGACGCUUAUGAAGCUGGUGUUGAAGAUGGGCUUGAUUUUGAUUUUUAAUUUAUGUUUUUAUGUUUUUUUUUAGUUUUUGUGUUUGGUAUAUAGGAUAAUAUGUAAUUUAUACAUAAUUAAUGAAAUAUAAAUAU